GGUAUUUACCUUAGGUACAUAAUUCAACCGACCCAUUUCAAAAAUUACGCAGCUCUUCCAUCAUUCUCCAAAUAAUUCGUAUAUAUCGGUAUACUAGAUUACUUACUACAUAUAUUACCAGACCAGUGCCAUAGGUACCUAACAUACUAUCAACAAUGUCCCUAGCUCAGGAGUGGGAAUCCUUCAAGACACCUCCCGCCAAGGAGGUAGCACCAGUUCCGCAAGUCGGCUCUCCAGCUCCCGUACAUCCCAACCUCGCCCUCCCAACGGACAAACCCACCGUUAUCGUCUUCCUACGCCAUUGUGGUUGUCCAUUCGCAGAAAAGGCCUUCAAGAACCUAACCUCGACAUCGACGCAAUACAAAGACGUGCACUUCAUCGCGGUCUCGCAUUCCUCGCCCGAGGCUACGGAGCGCUGGGUCAUUGAGGUCGGCGGCAACUGGGAGGUGCAGGUGGUCGUCGACUACGAGCGAGAGCUGUACGCGCAGUGGGGUCUGGGCAUCGGGACGACGUGGCAGAUCAUGGGCCCCAUGUCCCUGUACAAGACAUUCCGUCUGGGCAAGGACGAGAACAUAUGGAACCGCGCCACCGAGAGCGGCAACAGGUGGCAGACUAGCGGCGCUUUCGCCCUCGAUCAGGAUGGUAUCGUGAAGUACAGCAGGGUCGCUGCGUCCUCCAGUGAGCUCCCGGAUCUGGAGGCCGCCCUGACGAGUCUUGGUGUAAAGGUCAAGCCGAAACCGCCGCCGGAGCCGAGGACGGACGGGUUCUUGUAAGCGGGAAGCUAGGCAUGAUUCCCGCGAGGAAGAUAGUGUCCUACGUCCGGCAGUCUAGGGCUGGGGUGUAUUGGAUGCUUGCUAUGGGCAAUACUACGAGUUGUUGUUAAUAAGAGAUAGAUUGCGUUUUGCGUGUGGUAGAAUGGUUUAUGUGGCUUCUUGAUAUACCAUAAGUUCUAAGACUGGAAUUAAUGAUCAUGAAUAAUGCGAUAAGAAUAACUUUAUUUGAUACUUGUUCAUCACCGGGUUCACUUCAAUGUUGUUAAAGAUUGCAAUCUAGCUUUCUGGAUCAGUCUUGUAAUUACAAAUAUAGUAUUACAGUCAAGUCUCCUGCUGGUUUGUAGGUUAGUAUUGUUAGUAACAGACUUAUAGCUGC